ACCUGUGGUCACAAGUAUCUGGCAACCCUGCAGUGGUGAUGUAUACAAACAAGCGGCUUCAGAAAGACAGACAGACGUACACGUGAUGCCUCUUCCUCCAGCUCUUGCUGCUAAAUUAGCUAAGAGGGGAAUAAUUAAUGUCCCCAAAGAUCCAGUUUUUUCGGAGCCUGAGCCUGCAGCCUCGGCAGAGGAAGAAAUUAUUGCUGAAGAUUAUGACGAGACCCCACAACAAACCUCCCUCAACUACACACCCGUAGAAUCUCAAGUCAUUGACCCAUACCUGGGUUAUGCCGGCUGCCCCAACAAGUGGAAUGUGUACCAUGAGUGCAGUGACAUGUGCCGGGACCAGUGGAAUGAACGCAAAACAAUCAACUCUGACUAUGAACGCAAAAGAACCAAAAUGCUGACCAAGUACAUCUUACCUACUCACUGGCAAGAAGUAUUGGACUCUGGCAUGUGAGU